UCGAGAUAUAAUAUGAUCUAUGCAAUUAACCGUGUUGACUGAUAAAAUGAUUUUUUCAAAAAUAUCUGCUUUAAGUUCAAAUAACGCAAAAGUUAUAGUUAAUAUUUCAAUUAUUAUAUCACCAAUAGGGACGAUCAUAGCUGCAGCUGACAAUGAUUACCUGUAUAUCGUAUGUUUUGAAGAUACAAAACAAUUUGAAAAUAAAUUUAAAGUAUUGGCUAAAGAGUUAUCUUGCCGUUUUGUUCACGAAGAAAACAAAAUUUUAAACACAUUGAAAGAAGAACUGUUAUGUUAUUUCAAUGGAAAUCUAAAGAAAUUCUCUGUACCGCUGAAAACUCUUGGUUCUGACUUUCAAAAGAAUGUCUGGAUGAAAUUACAAGAAAUUCCCUUUGGCUCCACUUAUACAUAUAGUGACAUUACUAAGGCAUUGGGACGACCAACAACCCAUGCUAGAGCAGUAGGUUCAGCCUGUGGUGCCAAUACACAUCUUAUAGUUACUCCAUGUCAUAGAUUAAUUAGUUUAUCUUCUAAAGGUGGAUUUAAUAGUGGAAUCAAUCGUAAAGAAUGGCUUAUUGAACAUGAGAAGAAAUAUGCAAACAAUCUAUGAAACCAACAUUCCAAAAAAACAUUCAGCAAAACAUUAGUUGAAAUAGUAAUUAACUCUCUGAUACUCUGAUCUCAAAGUGUGAUUUAAGAAUAAGAAUGAAACUGGUGGCAUUUAUCCUGAAUAAAAAAAUGGCCCAUGUCAUAAUCUACUAUAACAAUUUUAUGAAUUAAUUAUUGAGUGAAAGAAGUACAAACAAACAAAGACAUUUAUUUAAAAUAUGAUUGUCUCUGGGCAUUAUGAUGCAUAGGCAUGAGAUGUCUAUGUAGUAAUUUUAGUAUCAGCAAUGUCAGGAGCAGAUUUAAGCCACAGCUUACCUUAAACGUUCAAACUUAAUUUAAAGAAAGACAUAUCACAAUGCUCAGAAAUCAUAAUGGAGAAGCGUUCAUUAUCAAGACAGAUGGCAUAACACCUCUGGUAAUGGAUAAUGGUUUUUUAUCAUCUCAAACAAUUCUCAACGAUUAGAAAUGAUCCAUGAGAAUGGGAUUAUUGAGAAUCACAUCGCCCCAAUCUGUCUAAAGUGUAAUGUGAGUGAUAAUAUUUGAGAACCCACAGCCCAGAGAUGGGAACCGUACUCAAUAUGAGACCUUAUGCUUUAUAAACCAUUUAUUUCUCAAUUUAACAACUAAUAUUUAUAUUACCUACAAGCUUUAUUAAAUACACACUUCUGAAACAAAA